AUGCCUCCUCCCACCGCUUCUCUCAAGCCCUCCGCAGCUAAAACGAACGGUACUUCCACUCCUCCUACUGCAGCUACCGCCGGGAAUGGAACUUCUACCAACGCAUCUUCUAAAGCUGGUACAUUGUCUAAACCUGAUCAAAGCAAAUACAAUGCUGAACAAGAGGAGUUGAAUAAACAGAUUGCCGAAAUCAAGGCGAAACUUGAUGCAAUCCGAUCUCGAAUCUCACUCACUCAAGCUCCCACUUCAGGAGAUAGGAGAUCAGCCAUCAAAUCAGAGAUGGAUGGUUUAAGAUCUGAACAAGCUAAAUUCAAAGGAGAUCGAAAUAAGUUAUUUGAUGAAAUGAAAAAACUACAAGAAAACGUUCAAAGGAAAAUCAAAGAUGUUCAAGGUCAAAAAGGUAAAAUCACUUAUAGGUCUUCUGGUGAAAUCGAUGAUAGGAUCUCGGACCUCGAAAAGCAGAUUGAAUCAGGUUCUUUGAAACUUGUAGAUGAGAAGAAAGCUUUGGCGGAAAUAACCACCCUUCGUCGAUCUCGUAAAGUACUCGAAACCACCGGAUCAGUCGAUGACGCUAUCGCAGCCGAUAGAGCCAGGAUCGAUGAACUGAAAAAGCAAUUAGAUGACCCUGAAGCUAAGAAGGUUAGCGAAAGAUUCGACGAAUUGAAGAAGGAGAUGGAUUCUCUUCGAGCUGAAGGUGAUAAGGCUUAUGAAGAGAGAGGGAAAUUGUUCGACGAAAGGAAUAGUUAUAGCAAGCAGAUGGAUGACUUAUACGAAAAGAAGAGACAAUCUGCUCAAACUCAUCGAGACGCUAACGACAAAUACUACGCCAAAGUCUCGGCUGAUCGACAAGCACGACAAGACAAAUUCAAGGCUGAAAAGGCUAAGGAAGAUGCUGCUAGACGGGAAGAAGAGAUCACUCGACUUCGAGAAGAAGCUAAAUCAGCUGCUUAUACAUCCGAAAUUGAUGAUUGUGCUGUAUUGAUCGGAUGGUUUAAAGGAAAAUACGGAUCUGGUGAAGUUCCCCAAACUCACGCUGGAUCAAAGACAAGCGAAGAGAAGAUUGUUGAAGGUGUAAAAGCAUUGGAAAUUAGAAAAGUUGAUGAAGGUGCUUUCCAGGGGAUGACAUUGAAGAAGAAGGGUGAAGAUGAAGAGCUAGGUGGAUUCUUCGGUGGUGGAAAAUCAAAGAAGAAGAAGGCAGGUAAAAAAAGUGGUACCGCUACGCCUGCUUCAGAAGGCACCUCUACUCCUACAACUUCUUCCGGUGCUGUAAACCUUCCAAUGAGUUUACUCAGUGCUUUGUUGAGUUUGGGUAUCCCACCUCCUUCAGGAAAAGAUGAUGUUACCAGGACUGUGGAUGACUUGGAAACUAAAAAAGCUUGGUUCGAGGCUAAUUCCGCUGCUAAAACAAAGGCCGAAAUCGAACGUGUUGAGAAAUUGGUUGCCAAAUUACAAAAGAAGAAUGCUAUUCUUGCUGAAGAUGAUGACGAAGAAGCCAAUACCUCAGGAGAUGAUGUUCCAGUUGAGAAAGGAGGCGCUAAAGAACCUCUGCAUACCGUCGCUGUCGCUGGCGAAGCUACUGGCACUGACCUCGUAGAGGAAGAGGGUGAACAACUCCCCAGCGAUGAGAAUGACAACUCCCCUGAGAUAAAGAAGGUCGAUUCUGCUUUGGAAGAUAUCAUUGAGUCUGGAGCUGCAGAGGCUGCUUGA